UCUCUUUCUCUCUCUCUCUUUAUUUCUUUCUUUCUUUCUUUCUUUAUAAAAUGGAAACAGACCAAGCUAUAAAAAAAGUGUUCUCAAAAAUACCAAAUGAACUUUAUUUAUUAACUGCUGUUGAAUUGGUCAAUGAUGUAUCUUCUGAUAGCAGCCAACAAGAUAAUGAACUUGCGAAACAAGCACUUCGAUUUUUAAGGAUACAAGCUGCCAAAGGUGAUAUUGAAGCCAAAAUAAAAUUAAGUACGAUACUAGACAAACAAGACACUGAAGAUAGUGUUGUCAAAGGAGACUUGAAGGAAGCCAUUUUAUGGGCAAGAAGUGUGUUUGAUAGACGUCUUUCAAAGGCUUUGGCACCUUGCGUAUCAGAAAUCAUUUUAUUAGCUGAACAGGAACACAAUGGCAGUAAUUUAAUUGAGCGUAUUCUAGCAAGAACCAAAGUAUCAAAAGAAUUAGAUGACAAGACUGUCAAAAAAGAACAAAAACUACAGAAGCAUCUUUCUUAUUUAGCUGGUAUUUUGUUUAUGGACGGUACAGGUGUAGAUCGAGAUAUCACUCGCGGCAUGGAUUAUCUCUCGAAAGCAUCUGAGAUUGGACAUGAAGGUGCUGGUGUAGAAUUAGCCAAGAUAUUAAGCGACCCUUUUAAAUAUCCCAAACAAUACAAUAUGGAAAAGAGUCUGGCUAUUUAUGAAUCAGUGGUAGAAAAGCAACAGAGGACAACAUCCGAUGCACGCGCACUAACUGAUUUGGCUCGCGUGUAUUAUGAAGGCAGCGAUACGAUUCCCCGAGACAUUGAAAAGGCAUAUACAUAUGCACGACGUGUUGCUGAAUCUGUAGGCGAACAGUUUUGUCAGUUUAUUGUGGGAGAUGUGUUGCUGAAUCCACCCACACUUUUUGUGAGUCAGGAUGUACGACAAGCUGUGUUUUGGUUAACACAAUCUGCAGAACAAGGAUUUCCAUUGGCUAUUGAAACACUUUCUCGCAUCUAUUAUGAAGGUCAAGUGAAAGGGAUUAAAAAGGACUAUGAACAAGCAAGACAUUGGUGUUUGAUUGGUGAUGAUAUUUGGCCUUCUGGGUUAGGGUAUUGUCAGACCUGUUUGGGAGAUAUGUAUAGACAAGGAUUAGGUGUACCCAAGGACUUGUUUCGGUCAUUUGAAUAUUACCAGAAAGCAGCCAGUCAACAAGAUGCUCCUCAGAAUUAUGCUCGCUACAUGUUGGGAGAAAUGUAAGCAUAACAAGUCAAUAGAACACAAAUCACUAACCAUAUGAGUUGUAGGUUCUUUAAGGCAGAUGGUUGGGAGCGUAAUUUGGCUCUUGCAGCUGAUUAUUAUAAAAUGGCUGCCAAUGAAAAUUAUGAGCCUGCAGUCAAGAGAAUGGCAGAAUUGACUACAAUAGAAGAGAACAAACGGUCAUUAGAAGAAAAGGCAGCCAAAAGAAAAAGUACAUGGAGAAUUUGGUCUGUGUUUGGAAGAAAGAAAACUACUGCAGUCUAAUGAUUACUAUUUACAUUUAUACCAAUACUAAUAUACGCAUCAUACCACGCAUUGUAAAAUAAUAAUAAUCUAAAUUAUUCAACCCCAUAAUAAACUAUGAAAUGCUCUUUUCUUUAACAGUAAAAGAUCAUUUUUUUAUUGUCUAG